CAAAUCCGGAUCUGGAUCUAGGAUCUAUGCUUGUACAGACAAUUAUAGGAACUUCCUCAUCAACAUCAACACACUCCUCCCGAGGUUCCUCUCUACACUUUUCAUAUGGAGCCAGGUUUCAGUACAUGGAAGCAAUCAACACGAGGAACAUCAUAACACUUUGGAACAGGAGCGUCUGGGAAACAAGGAAACAAAGGUCGGGCUCUGAGCUUGGUUCUGGUUUCGGGUUUGGCUCAGGAGACGAAUCAGGACUAGACUCCGAUCUUGUUAGAUCUGGAACACUGUUCCAUGCACAGAAGAACCCUGGACUAACCCUGGUGUUGAGUACUGUACAAGCAGAGUACACUUAUCCACUUCAGGAGAACAGGCAGAUUUUCAGGGAUGUUUACCAACUGGAAAAGAUGGAUAAGAUGGAUUUUAUCCAGAUAUCGGAGUUGAUUAAUAAGUUUAACGCACCUUGGAAUCAACCUAUCCUAGAGCCUGCGGUUUCUGCUAAUAUCAGUACCGAAUGCCAGGAUUCCUUGGAUUUUAUUUACUCAGCUCUACUCUACGGGGACGCAUCAUGGCCAAUCCGUAUUCUAGACUCUACGGGAAGACCUCAAUCCGGACUUGGUGAUGGAAAUUUCUUUUGGCUGGGUCGGUUCUCAGAAUGUGAAUCAAUCCAUCAGCUUCCCAACGGAACAACAUAUAGUUUGGCACAGCUUGGUAUUCAAGUCAGGACCAACGCGAGCUCUGUAAAUCUGGAGAUAAAGCAAGGAAUUUGUACACCAUCAACAUGUUUUAAAGAUCUCAGGAAUGUUCUAAUAGAAUUUGUUUAUCAAGUUGAGGCAUAUCUUUAUAAAAUAAACAUUACAAACAUCAGCGUAAACAUUGGGAAAAUCAGCAAGAUAUCUGAAGGUCCAAAUGUUUGGACGGAUGCAGAUGGUGUAUCUCGUCUGUGCUGCCUGCUUUUCUUUAUCUUGCUUGUUCUAGUCUCAACCACUCUGGAUCUUAUAGAUACAUACAUACCUUCUCCGCCACAAACAGAUCAAGUUUAUCAGGAGUCUACAGAUCAACAGGAAUAUGACGAGGACAGUAUCCACGUCCUCCAGUCUGAUGCAGAAUCACAAAGAAGUGUCGAUUUGGAGUCAUUUCCUAUUCUUAACUUUGAGACUUUGCAAUUGAUGAUUCCGUAUAACAGCUUAGAAGAUGUUUCCAAUACUAACGAGGAUGAUGAUGUAGAAGAAGAUGUAUCUGAGAGGAGUGAUAUCUAUCUCAUCAGAAACCAGGAACCUAGACUACCAACUAUUCUGGUUCAGGACUGGGAUAUUGAAUCAGGCGACCAAGUACAGAUUACCAGCGGCAGCCUAGUUCUAGAAGGGGCUAGUGAGGAGAUGAAAGUUAGCAGUAGUGAAACUUUGUGUCAAACAGAAGCAACUAAUCCUGAAGAAUCAAGUAAGCUUGAAGAUCAAGAAAUUAUAGUUGAAGAUAUUCAAGUGAUCGAUGAGGAUGAUGCUGAACCUGAAAGUGCUGAAGAAAUGAAUCUUGAAGAUCAGAAAUAUGCUGAUGAUAAUAUUGUCAAAACUAAAAAUGAAACUCGAGUUAAAAGUAAAGAGGAUUCUGCGAAAACUAGUUUAAAAGAUGAAAAAGAAAAAAGAGAAAAAUAUGAAUCAGAAAAAGUUUUCUCAUCUUUGGAUAGUUUACCAGUGAAUGAUUAUGAGACUGAAAGAAAUGAAAGGAGGCAGAUGGUUCUGCUGGGAAUGGUUGAAUCUGAAUAUGGGCUGGAUUAUGUGGAUGGAGAAGAUCCAGUUUUCUCGACAAAAGGGGGAUGGAGAAGUAGAACGGAUGGCUUAUCAGAGGAGAUGGUGGAAUCUUUAUAUCAAAACCAAAUAAAGUUAGACGCUAGUGCUUGUGAGAUUGAAGAAGCAGGGAAGGAUUAUGCUGAUUCUACGGAACACAAGAGUAAAACUCUAAGUUUGAGGAACUGUAUCCUCUCCUUUUCAGCUAUUCGCAACUUCAGGAAAAUAGUAAAUAUUGACGAGAGCUCCGAGGAUUUGAAUUUUCUGCACGGAAUGCGGUUUCUCAGUAUGACCUGGGUUAUACUUGGACAUACUUUCUUUUUCUCUCUACCCUAUCUAGAUAAUCUUAAGCCAUUGUUUGACGAGGCAAAGAGCUCCUUGAGUUUUCAGGCAGUUCUUCAGGGAACCUUUGCUGUUGAUACUUUCUUCUUCAUCAGUGGACUACUGUUUACCUACCUGUUCUUUAACAAGUUGACCAGCAAGCCUGGAUCUGUAAACACUGUGAUUGGUUGGAGUCAGCUGAUCAUUCAUCGGUUUAUUCGAAUACUUCCUCCAUAUCUAGCUCUAGUAGUUCUUCUUGAACCUCUUUCAUUCUUCCUUUGCAGUGGACCCCUGUGCCCGAGUAAACCUGGAGUAAACUGUGGAAUGUAUUGGUGGAGAAAUAUUCUCAAUAUUCAGAAUUUCUUCCAUUUCGAUGAAAUGUGCGCGGCAUGGACUUGGUACCUUGCGCUAGAUUUUCAAUUCUUUGUUUUAACAGUUCCUGUUCUAGUCGUCUUUGUUCUAGUUCCGCCAUUAGCUGCGGUAAUCUUGUUUGGUCUGUUGUUGGGUAGUUGGAUAUCAACCUUCCUGGUGGCAGGACAGUACAAUGUAUCCCCGGACCUGCUCAACUCUGUCUUCUCCUCAGCUAGCAUUGUCUUCGACGUUAUGUACGAUAAACCUUGGACCAGGGCAGGACCGUAUAUUGUAGGACUGGUCUCAGGGUAUACUUUACAUAGAUUAUCCAAAUCCGGUUUCCCAAUAAUGACCUUCUCCAAGCAGCUUGUUUGCUGGCUGGUAAGCACUGUGCUGGCUCUAGGUUUAGUCUAUGGUCUGUACGAGGAUAAGUUAACCAGCACACAAGCACAGCUUUACUCAACCUUCGCCCGGUCAACCUGGGCGCUAGUGCUAGCCUGGAUCAGUGUAAGUUGCGGAUCUGGAUUCGGAGGGAUUAUAAACUGGAUUCUCUCUCUCCCCGGCCUCCGACCUCUUUCCAGGUUGACCUACACAGCCUACCUCAUUCAUCCUCUGAUCAUGCUCCUCUUCUACUCUAACCUCGAGGUCCCGUACCACGGGAGCAUCCUCGGCUACAGCCUCCAAUAUACAGGGUUUCUGCUGACCUCGUAUGGAGCAGCACUUCUUUACUCCCUGGUCUUCGAGGCUCCUUGGAUCAACAUUCAGAAACUGUUCGGGAUCUAGAACCGUCAAGAACCAUCGAGCACCAUGUAGAACCAUCUGGAACCAUAGAACCAUCUAGAACCAUUUAGAACCAUCUAGAACUAUUUAGAAAUAUCUAGUACUAUCUAGAACCAUCUAGAUCCGUCUAGAACCAUAUAGAACCAUAUAGAACCAUAUAGAACCAUAUAAAACCAUAUAAAACCAUCUAGAACCAUCUAGAACCAUCUAGAACCAUCUAAAACCAUAUAGAACCAUAUAGAGAACCAUCUAGAACCAUCUAGAACCAUCUAGAACCAUCUAGAACCAUCUAGUACCAUCUAGUGCCAUCUAGUACCAUCUGGAACCAUCUAGAAUCAUCUAGAACCAUUAACGUAAAUUUA